UUAUUCCGCAAUAACAAUUAUUACCGAGACUUAUUUAAAGCAGUUAUACGGAAGAAAAUAUAUUUGUAACGUGUAAAUAUCCUGUACAAUAAACUGUUUCAAUGUGGACUGUGUUAUGAAAGAGGUUUAAACUAAUACCUAAUACAAAGAUGUGUGUAAAGACAAUUUUAAAGAGAUUGUGCAAACUUUUAUGAAAUACUUUUCAUCAUAUUUUGAAUUGAAUUAAUAAUAUUACGAAAUGGGACACUUAAACGUUUUGGUAAAAUACAAUAAAAGCGAAGAGGAUCUUAAAUUUAUAGCUUAUAAUUGGAUUUAAUUUUGAACAAAAUAACCCGCAAGCAUUGCUUAAGUGAUAUGUUAAGAGAAGGAAGGAGGUGAAAUUAUAAACAGGAAAGGAAAAUUUGAACCUGUUCAGUGUUUAUUCUGUUUUAAAUGAUAUACAUUGAAAACAAAAAAGGAGAAAGAUAUUGAGAGAAAAACUACUACCUUGACAAAUUACCUGGGCAAGCAGCAGGUUAUAUAGAGAACGUAUCAAUGUAUUGACAAAUGUGGAUAUCGCUAUACAUUCUACAGCAGAGAGAAAGUGAACGAUCGUUAGAUGUAAUGUGACUUGUAAAUAAGAAGCAAUGUGAAUCAAGGUGUUAAGAAAAUAUAAGAUGUAGCCAUUCGUGAUUUGAUUUUUAUUGAUAUUGAGAAAGCUAUUGAAGGAAACCAUUUUGAAAAAUUCAGUCACACGUGAGUUAUUGCUGCAAUUAGAUAAGAGAUGGUUGUAAAUAUGUUUGGAUAUAAAUUGUUGUAGCAAAUGGAUAGAAUAGAUAUGAGUGCUGGCGUAUACAUGAAAUAACAGCGGAUGAUUAUAAUUAUCAAGCAUAUUCUAAACAGCUUAAAUGUGCGGAUUACACUGCUUACAUAAAUAUGACAAUCGUAACAGAAAAUAGCACAUUGUCAACUUCAGAAUCAAGUGUUGAAGGCAACGUUCCUGCGGGAAUGAGAUCGUAUGAUUUUGGAGAAAUUCAGGGACAAGGUACAAGUGGUUCCUCUUUCAAUGAAAAUAUUCAUAAAACAGAAACGUAUGUAAGCGAAUUCACUACCAACGGAGGUUUAUUAAAUGUUACCACGUCAGGGUUUGAUAAUAGUACAGAGGAAAGCAAUAGCGAAGUCGAUGAUAUUCAUUCAAGUUUUAAUCUAGCAAUAAUACCCACUGUGGCGGCCUUUCUUUUUAUAGUAAUAAUUUGUAUUAAGUGUUGUAAAUGGUUUCGGCAGUAUGCAAGGGGCGGUAGUAAAGACGAUAAAUUCUAUGCAGUUAUCGUUACUGAUGACGACAAACAAUACGGGCAUAUUGAUAUAACUUCGGAUACAACAUCUACGGCAUGCUACGACACGGUGUCGUCAUAUACUUCAUUUUUGAAACGUAGUGGCAACGAAAGCACAUUAAGCUCUAUAAGAACAUGGCACCAAGACAGCAUCAAAAGCAUGAGUAAUACGACAUCAGCGACUGCAAACACGAAAAAAAGUAUUAAUGGUGAAAUAAAACCAUUAGCCUCCUUGAGUAAAACUAGUACUAAAGUAGAUGAAACAAAUGGAGACUUUAAUGUUAGAAUUUCUUCAACCUCCAGCGCGGAAACUGUCAGUGAGCAGUUGACUGAUUCCCCUGCCAUCAGACGUAAUAAUAGAUUUAGAGUUUCCUUCGUGACAGAAACAAAACCAUCAGCAUCCGAAUAUAGAACUCCUAACGGCAGUAUAAACCACGAGAAAUUCAUACGUUCGAGUUUGAAAAAGUCACCAACAGCAACAUCAUAUGAAACAGCGUCACAAAGCAGCAAAUCGGAAAGAAUUUCGAAACAAGCAAAAAUGAUAGAUGUUGGUACACAGACUAACAAAUCAUUCAGGUACAGUUUACGCAAAUCAAAAGCGCAUGCUAGUGAAAGCGAAAUUGACGAAAGACUUCUUUCUAGACAUAGUACGUACUCUUUGGCAUUGCAGUCCGAUGAGGGUCAACGUAAAGAUAGUGACAGUAAUAUCAUGAGUACAAACAGUGAUAAAAAUAAAUUACCACAUGUAAAUCAUUCCAGCGCUUCACUUGAAAAAGAUAUGAAAAGUUUACAUUCAACGGUAAUUCCUGAAAUCUUAAAAUAUCCAUUCGACACAAAUGUCGAAGUGAUACAACACUGCAAACAAACUAAAGAACCAAAUGAAGAUUUAGAGUUGGAUGACGAUGUGUUCAUAGAGGAAAUGAUAACAGAUUCAACACCACAGUCUUAUAAAAAGCAGCAUCUCAAUUCGAGUAUUUCUUCAGAACCUUAUAAUAGUGCAAAGGAAAAGAGUGAAGAAAAAUUAUUUCAAGGAUUCAAAGUUCAACCUGAAAUAUGUUUUUGCAGUCAUUGCAUGACCAAAAUAUGUAGAAAUACAGUUGAAACUAUCUGUGAUGAAGGGAUUUUGCAAGUUUCUGAUAUUAAUCCUGUGGUCCAAAUAAUGUGUGAAAAUUGCAAAUUGGUGAAUAUGUAUAAACAGAAUGUUUCCUGCAAAACAGAAAAUAACACAACAGACGAAUUUCCUAUACAAACUCGCAGUGAAUUCAUCGAAAUCCACGAAAGACCAUCAAGCACGAUUUCACUGGAGAGCAGCGGGUAUGCCGAACUGUCUUCCAGUGAAAGUUACUCUAGUUUUUCAUGACAGAUAUCAAUAAUAUGCUCAUUCCACGAAUUUGUGACAUACACGAACUAAUAAAUAAUUUGCCUUAUACAUAUACACAGUUACCAGUUUAUUACCUGCAUGAAUGUUAUACUCAAUUUUAUAUUGCAGAUUGUAACACUUAUUUAUUUUCUGACUCAGUUACCCAAGAAAUAAACGGUUUAAUCAAUUUAACAUCCUAUCCAACAUAUCACAUAUCAUCUAUAUUACAUAUCAUCUAUUGAAACUGUAUAUUAAAUUCCAUACGCAUAUAUAGCAUCACGUACGUACAACUGAUACUUAGCAUUAACCUCGCUUUGCAUAAUAAUAAUAAUGAUAACAAUAAUAAUAAUAAUAGCUUCUUUAGUUAUUAAUUGAGCAGAACAUGUGCCGUCGUUACGCUUCAUAUUAUAUCUUAUGGGCAACGUAUAUUUUACAGUUAAACAUCUCGAACGUUCAACUUGUAAUUAUAAACACACGACAUAUAAUCUCAGGCUUAUAAUCUCCAGGCUUAUUUCAUAUUUAUAAUUGUAAUUGUUUGAGCAAGUGUUUUUUAAAAAGAACGCACCAAGAAUGUUUGCAAUGUAUUCUUUUGUAAAAGCAAUAGAUAGGUCUGAUUAGUUAAAUGAGAAGUGUUUAAUGAUUUUUCUUUACCACACGUUUUACUAUUUCUUAAUAUUUUAAACGAUGACCUGGAAUCUAGUUUAGGAACAUAUGAAUGAUAGGACUUUUUCUUCCCUUGUUUGAUUGUUCUGGAAUCUUUAACUCUCAAGAUAUUAACUGAUUGUAGAUUUUCAUCAGUUGGUUAUAUAUUAACAUUUUAGUGGUGGCUCUAUGUUUUCGGACCGUGUUCUUACAAUCAUCAUUAAAUCAUGGUUUAUUUUUAUGACCCCUGCGUUCAGAUGUUUUUUAGAAUGGACUUGUCGCGAAUAUCUGAUAGAAUAACAGAACCUUGACCGACAAGAUCACAAAAGAAAUGUGAAAUUCUGAAAAGCAAAAUCAUUUUUACAUGAAAAUUGAAACUAAUCAGCUCUAUUAAAAUUAAAAUAUGUAUUGUGAUAUGAAGGUUGAUGAAAACAAUUUGAGACAAUAGUUGGAAAAUGUGUUAGUUUCUAAUUAUCGCAAUAAAAUAAUUUUUGUACAUAUUUUAGGCUUGCUGUACUGUUCUAGCCACAACUACAGUAUUAUCAGCAUGCAAUAAGAAAAAUUAUACUGAGUUGGAAAGAAAUUUUGCCAAUGUUAGAACUAACUGAAUAAAAGUAAUUAUACA